AUGGACUCGGUCAAAACAAAUGGCAUCAGCCAGCCCUCGACAUCUUCCAAGCCCAUGACCAGCGUGGAAGAAUAUCAACGGAAGUGGGCGCAACUUAUGGACGAUACGGCCAAGCAAAUUCAAAAGAUCCGAGAUGAGGAAGAGGCUCGAAAGUCUAGCCCGGCUGCGGGUCGAUGA